UGAUACAAAAUCAAAAUUGAAUCAUGGCAAGUUCUGCACAGGUUCCAAGUUUGAAGUCGAUGGGGCAACCAACAACUACAAUAAUGCCAGCUAAUUAUUUGAAUGACAAAAAUAUUGCUCUGGAGAUUGAAACUCUUGGACAUACUGUGAGCUAUGCACUCUAUAGGCAUCGCAAGGAGUUGUCACGCCACAAACGCCGCCCGAAGCGUCUGUCCCACACCAAACGUGCACUGACAAAAGCACUCACGUGGCAACAGGCACAAUUGGAUCGCCAACCAUGGCAGCGCCUUCGAGAUACGAUGAAGCGUUCAUACAAGAUCUGGUCAGGCAAAUUAGGAAAAGGGAACGCUAGCACAUCCAGCCAUUCUCCAUAAAGAAAGAUUAAUGUGUACAAAUUUUUCUUUGUUUUUUUUUUCGAUUUUAAGUUUGCUUUGUAAGUUGUGAGACCAUUAAAGCUAUAUUGUUUUCAUAUA